AUGGACAAUCUACCUUCGCUUCUUCUCAAUGAGAUUCUCUUCAGGUUGGACCGCAGAGAUAUGGCAAUAAUGCGGUGUACGAAUAAAUAUCUCCGGGGGCAUAUGUCCGAGGACCCUUAUUUUGAAAAGGAAUACAGAUCGAUUCUGUUUCCCAUCUCCAAUGACAACCUCUCCUUCGGCAACUUUAAGCUGCAACCGAAGUUUCAUAUUAUGGGAUGCUGCUCCGGCCUUCUUCUACUCUUCGUUGAGAAACUCUUCGUCGUAAACCCUCUCACAAGGAAGUAUCGACUCGUGAACUAUACUUGCUCAAGGGUUUUGGCUAAGUUGUUUAGCCGUGGAGUUGUUGAUCCUGCGCGGGUAGGGUUUGCGGUGGAUGAGAUCAAUCCAAGCACGCAGAGAUUCAAAAUCGUAUGCUUAAUCGAGGUGAAGGAGGAGGAGGCAAAAACUAUGUAUCAAUUCGAGGUUAGCAGAGAAGAUUCGUUCUGGAGAUUAUCGAAAACAAGCAUUACUUGCCACUCAAGCGACCUGGUGAAGGGUACGAGACCUGUUUACUUGGACCAAGUUCUUUUCUGGUUAAGAAACGACGGAAGCAUCGUAACGUUCAAUACCGUGACUGAGAAGGCACAGCUGCUUCAAACCAGAUUACCCUACUCGAAAUCAUUGUUUUGGGCCGCACCUGCUGAUAUCGGACUAACUCUGUUAGCGGCGACAGAGGAGGUUAUUUUCGUUUAUGCUCUGAACAACAACACCGAAUGGGUACUCGUGAGACGGAUUCUGAAUGAUCAAAAAAAGAGGAUCAUGUCCUGGAAAGUGGCUGCUUACGACGGUAAGUUUCUAGUUUUGACAGAGGCUGUCAAGGAUGUUACGGUUAUUCAUGAGUACGACUUGAGAACUAACAACUGGAGAAUCGUAAAAAGGAUAAGAAUUUGGGACAAUCAUGAUCGUUUUUUUGGGGUGCAAGACAAGAAAGAGUUUUUUCAGCUAAGGCCGUCUUCGUCCUCUGUCAUAGGAGUGAACUACGAGAUAGGAAUCCAUAAUCUGCUCCUACGAAUUCAGCCUCAGAAUUACACACCCAUCAACCAUCUAUCUUUGUUUUUGAAGGAUAUCUUUACUCCGGAAACGAGGCCAUUCGAUGAAAGUAACGCCGCUUACAUAAAAGUAGAUUAG